AAAAAUCAGAAGGUUGCCUCUCUAGUUCUGUCUCUUAAUCAAGUCUAUUUUCCUCCAUCAUUUCCAGAUACAAAAAAUACCACACAAUGAAGUUCACCGGUGCCAUUGUUGCCUCGCUACUCGCUACUAGCGCUGCUGCCUUCGAUAAGUACCAACCAUGGGGUAAACGCGACUACGCCUGCGUCAACGUCUAUCAAGGCAUCCCGGACAACUCAACCGUGGCCCCCGGACAAACCGUGCACCUCCGCUUCAACCGAGCCCCGACAACACACUGCUCGGACCCGUUGGCCCAGUACCCCGGCAGCAACUACACAGUCUUCCUAUACAACAACCCCGUGCGCAACUUGGACACCAUCCACUUCGAUGCGCAGAUCAAGAUCGCCGGCGACAUUCCCGAGUCUGCUGGGAAGGUGGAUGUUAAGAUUCCCAAGAAUCUACCUCAGGUGAAAGAUGGGUCUGUCUGGUAUUUGAGAUUGAGUACUGCGUUGGUGACGGCUCCUCAGAUGCCAUCUCUGUACAACGCUGCCGGACCGUUUACGAUUACCUCUACUUAGAUAGACAUGGAUGACAGAGGAGGGGGAAAGAUUGGAAUCCAGACUGAUGGCAGACGUGCUU